CAACUUUGAAUAUUCCAGUAUUUCACAAAAAAAAAAAAAAAAAGGAGCAAAGCAAAUCAGGCAUGUCAUCAGCAAUUUCUCAGCUAUCAUGCUUCUCCUCUAUCAAUCGCAGAUUACACUUCCGCACUCAUCUCCACCCUUGUUCUACUUUUCCAAGACAGGUAGCGGUUGUGAGUAAUGAUGGUCGUGGCACGGAUUUAUCCAACUUAGAAAACAGGACAACUUUAAGUUAUACUGGAGAUGCAUCACAAUCACACAACGGAAGCUCAUCAAAUUCAAAUUUAAAGUCAGAAGAACUUGUUCCAGGAAAAGAAAUGAAUGGGUCAGAGCAAGAUAACUCCGUCAGUCUAUCAAAAAAGACGGCCAAAAUUCAUGACUUCUGUUUUGGUAUUCCCUUUGGUGGUCUUGUUUUUACCGGGGGCAUCGUUGGUUUUAUUUUCUCAAGAAGUCCUUCAACUUUAAGCAAUGGUGUUCUUUUUGGAGGCGCUUUACUGGCCUUUAGCACAAUUAGCUUGAGGGUCUGGAGACAAGGAAAAUCUAGCUUGCCGUUCAUACUGGGUCAAGCAGUACUUGCUGCAGUCCUCCUUUGGAAAAACAUGCAGUCUUUCUCCCUGACAAGAAAAGUGUUUCCCACUGGCCUUUAUGCUGCCAUCAGUGCUGCAAUGUUUUGCUUCUACUCUUACGUGGUAUUGUCUGGGGGAAAUCCACCACCCAAGAAGUUGAAAGAGUCUACUGCUGGGGCAUCUUGACGAGAAUCUAGAAAGGUCAGUUUUAAUUCUUAGAAAUACUCAGGAUCUUGAAUCAAUGUGCAGUUGGUUUGCCAGAGAGAAGCCCAUUAAUUUGCACAAGUUACUUCUUGAUGUUGAAGAGGAUGAGGGAAGUUUGAUUGUAUUGGUCUUGAAUAUGUAUUUUUCCGUUAUACUUAGUAUUCUAGGAGAUUGUAAUUUAGCAACUUGCUGGUGGAAUUGAGCAUUCAAUUAUCAUGUAAAUUAUGUAUGGGAUCAGUGUAAGUACUAAAGUAUGCUCAAUGCUGUUGUGCUGUUGUUCUUGUUCUCAA